AUGGACAGGCCGCCCCACUAUGCCGACCCGAGAAGCUCGGCUGCUAGGGCAUCCGCGUCCCGAGAUGACGAACAACCUCCAAGGCGUAACCUGGAUCGGUUGCCUCCCAUUCUGCCCUCGAAUCAGUCGUUGCCUAAACUGUCUCUAGCCAGACCAGAUCCACUUGGCACCCCUGGUAAUCGCCUUGCUCCCAUCAAAGAUGCUGUUGCACCAUCCUUUGCAAUGCAUCGUCCUUACCAUUCCCUGCCGGACCGGUCGACACCUUUCGAAUCCGCUCGACGCCACAGCCCCCCUUUGACGUCCAUACCCGUUGGCAUGGUCUCAGCCGAUCACUCACAUUCCAGACGAUCUCCCGGCGACAAUCGCGCUCUUCCCCCGAGCCCCCUUGCUGCCCCGUCAUCAUAUCUACCGCCUCACAUGCAUCGCACCGAUCCAUACCACCAAGAUGCUCUGCGUGCUCAUGCGUCGUCACACGUACCACACUAUAUUCACUACGAUGCACCACCACCGCACGUCCGUCCUGCCUCCCAAACCGACGCUGUGUCCGCUAGCACUCCCGUCAAGCGGCCACGCGUCUCUUUGGCCUGCCUUGCCUGCCGCAAUCGCAAGUCUCGCUGUGACGGCGUCCGACCGACUUGCAAGACAUGUGCUACUAUGAAAAUCGCCUGCAAGUGGCCAGAGGUCGACUUUCGUCGUGCAAAGACCGGCGAGGCUGCCAAAACACGCAAGAAAAGCCCGCCUGGCCCGUCGUCUCAGCGCUCUCCUGAAUCUGUCGUCCAACAUACUAGAGAUGAGCCUGCCGGUCAGUCUUAUGCUCAUCUCGCCCCAGAGAGAGGUGCGUCGAGCAUGCUGCUGGCCUCGCAUUCGAUAUCUGUCGCACCUUACGCUCCUGUAUCCGUUGUUCCUGCGGAUCCGUCAGCGUUCAGUCCAAGCAUGAGUCGCGACUAUCGCCAUCGAACUCAUUCUGACGGUGAUCGAGAUGUCCACCAUACAGGAUCAGCCAUGCACACGAUCCGCAGCCCUACCGAACGAUACUUGCAUUCUUCCCAAUUCUCAGACAGCCGAUCAGCAUCUUACGGCCACUCCGAUAGCCACACAAAUCCUUACAGCUCCGCUGGCGUACCCGAUGCUCGUCAUGAUCAGGGUGCAUCCUGGAUGCGUGACGACCGCGCACAGUAUUAUUCGCAAGACCAUCGCCCGGCCUGGGAACAGCAGACCACACGACCUCCACGAGCAGUGCCAGAGUCUCGGUCCUCCCGAACUAACUCAGCCGUCAUCCGGUGCAGAAACAGGGCGGCGGAAAUCUCCAUUUUGGCCCGCCCCGCUAUUGAUGCUCAGCGCAUUGCUGCUGAGGCACACAUGCGUCGAGAGUCGAGCCUGGAGGAUCUGGCCGAUGAUGUCCCGGCCGGCGAGCGUCUCGAUCACGCUUUCGCCUCCGACUGGGAUGCCAUUGGAGGCUUGUCGCCUGCAGCGCGGCGUCCUUUCAUGGAUGUCGCCGCCGGCCUCGUCGGUGUUCUUGAGAUCACUAGCGUCGAGGCUCAGCAAGAUGUUGCGCGCACGCCCGCCGGUGAUGCUAGUCGCCUGCAUCUCUUCCGCCUGCGUAAUUCAUCAGACACAGGACCUGAUCUUCGUCACCUAAGCAUCUCCAUGGGCUUGUCUCCGCGACAAGAGCGCGAGCUGCUCGAAGCUGCAACGUCUGCUUCCUAUAACACACUGAGCUAUCCUAUCCCAGUAGAUCGGCUUUCCAUACCGCUUAUCGACGGCGUUAAACGUGCUCUUGACGAGCAAGCACUCGAAGCUGAGAAGAGCCGCAGCGCAGGUGCGCAUGCCCCCAAGACUUUGCAGCCUCAUGCAGCCUCGCCACCACCUCCGGACAGCAUCCCCUUCGUGCGCAAGCAAGACGUCAAGCCUCCGCAGCAGAUUCUUGAGAUGUUUUUCCAGGCUUACGUCAAAGCGAUCGGUGACCAGAUGCCUGGCCUUGAUACAAAAGUAGUUGCAUCUCGCAUUCGUGAUGGGACGGUCUCGCCGCUUCUGGCUAAUGCACUUUGUGCCAUCGGUGCUAGUUUGCACGAACGUGUUGGUCAGCGUCCUUCUAUCGACGAAGCGUUGAGCAGCAAAGUCUACCUCGAGCGUGCGCGCGCGCUCAUUGGCGCGGCUUUGCAGAAUCCAGAUCUCGAAGCUAUUUUGGCGCUUGGGGUCAUGGCGAUUAGGGACAUCCUCAUGGGUCAGAUAGUUUCGUCCACCGUCAUUGUAGCUUCUGCCAUCCGUCUCUGUAUGCAGCUGAACCUUCAUCGAGCACAACCAGCACAGCGAUCGCCGUCACCUGCCUCAGCAACAAGUGUCAACGCAGGUACCGAUUUUGUUGCUAGCGAUGUUUUUUGGAUGAUCUACUGCUUGGACCGCGUCACUUCGAUCGCUACCGGCCAACCUCUUGCUAUCAAGGACGAAGAUUUCGACACUGCUUUCCCAGCCGCCAUGCGCAACGGCGAGCCCUGCAUCUUUGCAGCGCUGGUUCGCCAACUUCAUUACCUCGGACGUCUGGCCGAAGUUGCCGUGUCGACUCAAUUCAGUGCAUCUACUGCGCUUGUCGAUGCAUCGGAUCGUGCGCGAGCUCGGGAGAGGGAAAUUUCUGCCAUCGGCGCGGAUCUCAUUGGACACUACGAAUCGCUACCUGCGGUGCUUCAGCUUGGAUCUACAAAUCUCAGACGCGCUCACGAAAGAGGCGAGGCUCUUUCGUUCUUGCAGCUUCAUCUCACGCACAACAUGGCUCUGCUUCACCGCUUCCUGCUUCCGAGCGCGGUCGCGACCAAUGCCAACUAUGAUGCCAUGCGCUCGGCUGCUUCCGAGAUCGUCGAGAUCUUCAGGCUUGGAGAGGCACUCGAUCCGACAAUGUUGGCAGAUACGCCCUUGUCAGCCAUAGCGUGUUUCCUCUCUGGCUGCGUUUUGAUCUCUGAGAUCGAAAUGCUGGAGGAGUCGAUGCAAGCCGCACCCGGCGGCGACGUCCCUGCUCGAAGUACGGUCGCUCAACUUGAAGCUGCGCAGUCCGCGUUGGCCAGGAUCAGGAGCACGUUGAGUCGGCAUGCUGAACUGUGGCCCGUGGCACGAAAUCUUAUCGAUGUGCUUCAAGCGCAACAGGCCCGAUCAAAGAACAUUACGAUCUCGUCGACUACAAUUGCUGGGCUUGUCUCGCAGAUCGAGGCGAUUCACGUUGUAGUACGUCGACCUGAACACUUGGCUGAUCGGCAGCGCGAGUCGGGUCCUCCCGUGCAAGUGCGCAAGGUACACGACCUGGAGCUGUUGCGCUCUGCUUUUCCUCAUUUGUGCUAA